CCACAAUUUUGCUUCGCUCGCGAAGCUUGAUUACUUCGCAAAAAUGGCGAAGUGGAUGCAAAAAGUUUUGGCAUUUAUUAUGGUUUUUACAUGCCUGUUAAUUUUAUACGCUAGUUUCAGAUAUGAGAAAGAGGUAACAAUUGAUGAAAAAAGAUAUGAUAAUUUGCUCCUCAAGAAAUGUUUUUACAAUGCCUUUGGGGAGAGUUUACUUGUCCUUAAUUUUAAUUAUCCUUAUUACGAUAAUAUACCAGUACUAAAGGAUCUUUAUGAAGGAGUUUUUGACAAUAUUGUUAUUUGUGGUCCACGUUCAAGGUUAACCUUUGCAACAAAGCAUCAGCCAGAUAUAAUAUUGGACAAUGGUUUUGGUUUGUUUGGGUAUCAUUGUUUAGCCCUUGCAAUGGAGAAGUUUCCAAACUACAAAGGUUAUUUCUUUGGAAAUGAUGAUAUGAUAAUUAACUGGUGGACUAUGGUUGAUCUAAAUACGAACCAAAUUUGGCAUGGCGCCAAGAAAGUAGACUGGAGACAGCUAGCGUUUGGUAACAUAAUUGUAAAGAAAUGGAUAUGGUGGAAAAAAGAUGUUGGACUUGCAGCUUGUCAACGUUAUUUUAAAAAGUUAAAAGCGCUUGCAUCUACUGGCAGUGUAGCUGCAACCAUCGCAGUAAAAACAUAUUUGAAAAAUGGAAAUGGUAGCCCUAGGUGUGGAAAGGGUUGGUCAGAUUUCUUUUAUAUACCUGGCAAAUUAUCUUUACAAUACAUAACUUUGUCCCAUAUUGCAUAUCAAUGUAACCUGUUCUUAGAAAUAGCUGUUCAUAAUAUAUUACGAAGCUUAGAUCUAAAAGAAAACUUUUAUAUACUGAAUGGUAUGUAUUUACCAGAUAUCGGUAAACAGGAUUUCACGACUGAAGGUUUUUGGAGUACGUAUACGCACCAAGUUGCUUUUAUACACCCGUACAAAUUCCAUGCAAGGAAUCAGUAUUUCUCAACGUCUCUAUUAAAGUCAAAAGUAAUUCGUUUUAAGCAAAUGUUAACUAAUUGUUAGAAAUCAUGCUAAACUGCUUAUCAGUAGUGCGUCAUAUGAACAAUAUAUUUAACAUGGUGUUUAUUGUUUAGUGCUCGCAAGUAUAAUUAGAGGAUUACGUCAAGGCGCGAAUCCCCUGCCAUGUAAUUCAGAUUUUAUGAAUAAAAUCGAAGAAAGAUAUAAUACUGAGUAUCUUGACCCUUACCGCGUGUCAGACUGGAGCCUCAGGAAGUUAAAAUACGUGAACUAGGAAACUUUUGCCUGUAAUGAAACUGUGAACCCGCAACCUAUUAAAACUAUGUUGUUUGUAAAGCACUGGUGUUCCGUGUUUUAUAGUACACUUAAUAUUUUUAGAGUUUGUUGUUUGGGCAGACAAACUUUUAGGAAGAGAAUAAAAUUCAGGAAUGUGUUUAAAAAUUAUGUUUUCAUUCAGACAAAUAACUUUUAUACACCUCUAUAGAUAAUACAAAAUAUACUUUAACUUAGUUCCGGUUGCACCCGUAAUCUAAAGCUAAAAAAAAAUAUAAAAUUUGUCAAGAGGGCAGCCAGUAUUAGAUCUUUCUUCGAUUUUAUUCAUAAAAUCUCACCCUUACCGCGUGUAUCAUACUGGACCCCCAGCAAACAUCCCCUGUUAAAAGCGUUUUAUAAACAAAUAACAUAUUGAUCUAAUUUCCCACUGGGAACAAGUGCUUGAAAUUGUUUCUCCUUAGAAAUUAUAGGUUUGUUAUACUGACAAGUAGACUGUUUAGACGACCGACUUUUGCCUAAUAUAUCACUAACAGAUGCAUCUGCCACCUCUGCCCUUGAAGUGAAGGUAGACAGUGUUAAAUGACCCUUAAACCUAGAGAGGUCUGCCCCAGAAGAAGCUAAAACAUCUUUCAUCCACCUAGAUAUUAUAGAUGGAUAGAUUUUUACGUGCGGAGAUUAUAUUUCCCUAAAAACAAUUGAGAUUAAGUAGCAUUUACCUUAAUGCAACAUUAACGCAGAAUUCCUUAUCCUUUUCAGUUAAAUAAAAUUCUAAGGCUGGAGGUUGUUUUCCUUUUCUUCAACUUUUGUGCAAUUUAUGAAAAUUAAAGGGAACUUGUCUUUACCAAAAUUCAUAUGUCUAAUGUCUAAAUAGCAAAUGCUAGAAGCUCUUGAUGAAGAAGUUAAACCCAUUAGAAAAACUUGACAUCCCAAGUACAAACAUAUUUCAGCUGUGGCGGCGAUCUGGAAUUAAAUACACAAUUUAACAACGCACACACAUGUUCGUGUUGACCUACUUUAAUACUGUUAAUUUUUUCGUGAUAGGCCGAAAUAGCUAAACAAGGCAUCGAAAUAAAUCAACUUUUUCCCCACAACACCAGCUACUCCAUUUAUUCCAGGCCGAAUUGUAUUCACUUGUUGAACCUUCUUUUCUAGACUUAGUGCGAUCUCUGAAAUUCCUGACGCAAGAAGGGCUUUCCUGAAACUUUCCACGCCGCUAGGCUAAGCGUACCGUUCAUUGCAAGAGGGUGAACCUCCCCCUGCGCAUUGGUCAACAAGUUUGAAUUUCUCUGAAUGAGAAUCGGAUGAAACACUGACAACCGUAGUAACUCCGGGUGCCAAACGUGAGUUUGCCAUGCUGGUGUUAUGAGAGGAUUUGUAUUUGUUCUCUCUCUAAUUUGUUCAGUACUCUUGAAAUUAUGAAAUUGAUAGUGUUUUUUGUGACCAUGUUUGUUGCAUGGCAUCUGUUGCCAAAACUGUGUGGGUCCGGGCGCCGCGCAUAAUAAUGGGGCAGCUGAUGAGAAAGGUGGAAAGGAAAAAGAUCUCUAGGAAACCCAGCUUCAUACAAACUUGGUUGAAUACUUGUAACAGUUUCCACUACGAGAAAUCCUUGCUGUAACGAGAUUGCCAAUCUGCUCUCAUUUUAAUUUCCCUGGAAGAUGUUCGGCAGUAAUCAUAAUCCCUUCCGAUAUCAAGUAGUUCCAAAUUUCCUUGUUUAUCCUGAUUAAAUUUUGGUCUUUGGUACCCCCCCCUAUUUUUAAAAGAUAAGAAAGAGCUGUUGUAUUGUCCAACUGGAUAUGGGUGCAAGAUAUUUGUUUGCUUUUCGUGAAAGCAAGAAUAGCAUUCUUCGCAGCAAGGAGUUCCAGAACAUUUGAAUAAAGCUGUUUCUCUUUUAGGGACCAUCUGUUCAAAAUACUAACUGAGCUGUUGGUUGUAUCAGAAGCCUGCCAUUGAAAUUUUUUAGGUUUUCUAUUCACCAUUUUAAUUCCAUCAGGACUAAUUUUCCUAGCACCGGCUGUCAAUUGUUGUUGUUGAAGGUAUCGAAAUUGCAAACGUGCUGGCAAUACUGCCUGGGUGGUGGAGGAUAGCAAACCUAUCAAUUUUGUCAACUUUAAAAUGGACAAAUCUCUGUUGAUAAAUCUCUGUACAUUAAGUUAAAACCUUCAACACUUUUUCUUAUGUCAGGAACAAACUUAUUUAGGAUAUUUUCUGCACUGGUUCCAUUUCUGACGUUGAUAGCAAAUCCCAGAUGCUAAAGGGAGAAGCAAUUAAUGUUUCUAGUGUCGAUCUCCCAAAAAAUAACAUGUCAUCCAAAUAAGUCACUAGGCGUAUUUGUAACCGACGCAAAAUUGCAAUUAGCACUUUGAGUGAUUUGGUAGAGGCAUAGAAAUUCGAAUAGAUUCCCUUUCCGAUGAAAGCGAAGAUAUUUUCGAAAAUCUUUGUGCAAAGGACCAGAAAUAUGCGUCUUUUAGAUCUAUUUUGCACAUAUAACCCCCCUCCUUCAGCAUAUCCUUUAUUACAUGCAAACCCUCCAUUUUGCAGUGCUGAUAGGAGAUAAAAUAAUUUAGCGUUUAAAGAUUUAUCAGUGGUCGGUGGCCCCCAUCCUUUUUCCAACCAAAAAUAGAUUGCUAAUAAACUCUUUUGACAAGUGAUCCACUACAUGAAUGCCUCCCUUUUCCACCAUCUCCUGUAUUUUUAAUUCCACUAAUUUGUCCUGCACUUUUGUAGCUUUUAUCUUGUGAGGAAUCAGAUUUUGUACUGGUUCCUCUACAAAGGGAAUUUUGUACCCUGUGACUAUAGACAGAAUCUCUGGGUCCUUGGUCAGUAUCUCCCAAGAUCAAAGAAAGUGAAUUAAUCUUCCUGCCAGUGGGAUGUGUUUUGGUAUUUCCUUUGACAAGAAUAAUCGUUAUAUUAGAGGAUGUACAUAUUUUUUUUCCUCUAGUGUAAUUUAAAAUACUUUUUGGAUUAGGUGGGACUGGUUUCCAUUCUUAAAAAGAAAAUGAAAUUACCAGAUGAUAGUAGUAGUGUGUAUUUUUUUGUCAAAGACAGUUACAAGUUCGUUUAUAUAUACAAGUUCGUAUCGUUUAAAAGUAAAUAGAAAAUAUAUACAUACAUCAGCUAGUAAAAUAAAGAUCUUAAACCAUACGAAAAAAUUUAAAAGACUGACUGGAGCUUGCAGAAAGCAAUUUUGCCUUAUCACCAAGCCCCACCUUCCUUGGUUUUGAUGGCUCCCAGCACUCCUCCACGGUUGCUUUCUCUGAUCUACUGCUGCAGGGAGCCCAGGUCGAAAGGGCUUACGUAUUGGUGUUUUAUUCUUUUUACGCACUUCUCGGAAUACGUCCAAAGUUUGUUUAUUGUUUUUGGUGGUAUCCAAAACAUGCUCCUUGAACCAACUUGAACCAAACAAUUCCUUGUAAUGUUUCUGCAAGAGGUCUGAACUCGCAUUUAACUUACCUUUUCCAUCCGACUUUGAUUGCAACGUAACAUUUAAAAUGUUCAGAAAUAAACAACUUUGUUACUGGCUUGUCCAAGAAAAAUUACCGUUUUUUUCAACUUGAAUUAACAAAUCUUCUGACGACACCUCAGUCGUGGUGGCUUCGCCUAGGUUGGCCUCUUUAAGAAGUGACCGAACUCUGCUAAGUGGUCCAAUAACAUCACGUAUUUUGGACUGGACAAUCUCCAUUUCCUUAUCUCGGUCUGCUUCGUUUUUUCCCUCGAGAAGUUUAACCAAUCCAGUAUCAACAGAUUUAACUGAAUCCAGAUUAAGUGGUACGGGUUGCUCUUUUGAAUGUUUUCCUUCAAAUCUUCGUUCAUUGCAUAGUUCGCCAUUUCCUCAGGUAGCUUGUACUGAAACUGUUUCUCCUCUGUAGUGAUUCGGAAAUGCUUCGCAUGGGAAGAAUUUGAUCAGCUGCCGGAGGUCGGGUUUCGUUUCUUCUUACUCCUUUACUUUUUUUCUUAGAUUUCUUUGAUUUUUUUUUCUUUUUUCUCUUUUUAGAUGAUCUAUGUCUAGGGCGUCCUCUGCCACUACUGGGUGAACUUGAAGAAGGAAGUGACCUUGAUCUAAAUCGAUAUGAGUUGGAACGUGAUCUUGAGUCCUUCCGAUCUCGCCUAUGUAAUAAGGCUUAAGAUCGUUGUUCUGGCUGAGCUACUUCCUUUUGUUGGGUAAAGCCUUUCCCCCCAGUUAACUGCCGAAUUAUCUGCCCUAUUUUUGGUCCCAAAAGCAGUAAAAUAUAAGGAAAACCAAUUUCAGGAACUGAUUGCUAACGAUCGGUAAGGUAAUCGAUGAUAAUAACAACAACAAUAUAUAUAGCAGCUCCUUUCUUCUUCGCGAUUAAAGCUAAAAGAUUAUGUUUGCUUGGAGUCCAGUAUUGAUGCACACGGUAAGGGUCGAGAUACUGAGAUCGACUGAGAUUUUAUGAAAUAAAAUAGGCCUUUUUAUAUUUUAUUGUUUAAAUUAUAUUUUUCAAAACGCAGUUUUUAUGAGUUUUGAAAUAUUUAAGAAUUUAAAUUUGGAUAAUUUGAAGUCGAAAUACAAGAAAUUGAAGAA